AUGCCCCUCAAACAGGCUCACCUUAAAGAGCACAUACAGGCCAUACAUUCAACAGAUAAACCAUUUGUUUGCGAUUAUGAAAACUGUGGCAAACGAUUCCCAACUAAAUCAAGACUAAGAAUUUAUGGCUACAAACACCCCAAAGAACCAUCAAUGAGAUCGAUGACAACAAAUACAGUGCGUCCCUAUCAGUGCGCUCAUGAGGGCUGUGGUAAAUGGUUUACACGUAGUCAUCGUGACGAGCAUUUUCAGGGUAUUCACCGGACGGACAGACCAGUUGUUUGUGAUUACGACGGAUGUGGUAAACGGUGGCAAACGAUGACCAGGCUUAGAGUUCAUAAAUACACGCAUAAGGAGUACAAAGCAAAUGAAUUCAUUUAUCGAUUCACUGGAUGUGGUCUCCGGUUUCGCACCAGAAGUCCACUACAAUUGCAUCGAAGGGACGAACACAAGGAUUCAUUGCUUACGUGCGAAGUGUGUGACUUUAAGACUACUGUUCCCACACAUCUUCACGCACAUACUUGCGACCAUAAACAGGACCUCUCAGCUGAUGGUAAACUAUUUGUCCGCCCAUUUAAGGGCAAUCAAGAGUCUUGUGGCAACCGCUAUACCCCUACCGCUAUACCGCUUACCGUCACCUCCAGGAGUACAUCGCCACCACUCACUCAACGGUCAAAUUAUUUGUUUGCGAUCAUAUCGGGUGCGGAAAACAGUUCUCAAGCAGUCACCGCUUACGGGUUCACACUAGGAGUCAUACCAGGGUGCGAUCAAGUGUUUGCUAUGAGUCAGCUUCUCAAUGAUCACCUAAAGUCUGAACAUACGGAUCAAGUGUUUGUCUGCGAGUGGAUCGGCUGUGGGUUUACGGCGAGAUUUAUGGGAAUAUUGCCGAAUCACGUUACACGAGUCCAUAGCGCCGUCCGUCCCUAUCAGUGCACUCACGAGUCGUGUGGCAAACGGUUUACAAACAGAGGGCAUCUCAAAGAGCACGUGGAGGCUAUUCAUGCCACUCAUAAACCAUUUACGAGCCUCAACCUAACCUAA